AUGUGGUUCGCUGAUGGGUGCGCCGCUCUUCAGAGUGCAAUUAAUUUUGUCCCACAUUAUAUGCUUCUACUGCUCUCUCUCCUAAUUUUUAUUUCGCCUAUUGAUCCAACGAAGGCGGCUCAGGACUUCACGGCUUACAGGCUAACUCAAUAUGAUGCUUUCGAUUCCGAAAUUGGUAGUAGGAUGUCGUCGCUCUCGUGUGAUAUACAAACUUUAAGCACGGGGACAUAUGCCAGGCGAUGUUUACUUAUGAAGUUGAUCGAAGUUACUAAGGAGACCUUACGUGCAGCAAUAAGCAAUAAUGCUGGUGGUAUAAUUAUUAUACUUCCGACGGGGGGUUGGAGUGACGACCUAUUAGCACACUGGCUCAGUCUAGAGUCAGAGCUUUUGCUAGAUAACCUGGAGGUUGCGGUGUAUUUCACCACAGAAAGUGCCGAUCUGGAACCCGUGUUUUUGGAAUUAAAGGAACUCUCACAUAAGACUGACUUGGCUGGAGGCCCUAGUCUACUUGAUUCUGUUUUUUCUACUGGUUACCGUGCGUAUGCCAAUGCUCCAAAACCCAUCGCUUUGAAUAACAUGGAUUUGAUAAACAUUGAAGGCAAGCUAAUCGCAGACGGAUAUGACUCCAAAAAACCGACAGUCAUAUUGUCUGCCUACUAUGAUGCUGGUGGUGCUAUUCCGUCUCUUGCUUACGGAGCUAAUGCAAAUGCAGCUGGUGUUGCUGUUUUGUUGGAAGUUGCACGAAUACUGUCCCAGUUGACAGACUCAAAAAAUGUGCCAAAAUUCAAUGUCUUAUUCCUCCUCACAGGCGGUGGAAAACUUAAUUUUCUCGGUUCUAAGCGAUGGCUGGAGAUGAUAUCCGAAGACACUGCCGGAAUAGCACUUUUGGAUUCAGUUGUUCAAGUACUAAGCUUAGAAGGCCUUGGCACAGUUGAAGACAAUCUUCUCCGUCUCCAUGUUUCGCGCAUUCCCAAAGAGGGCACGUUUAUUCACCGCCUUCUCUCUGCGUUGGAGGUAGCAGCUAUGUUGCAUCCCCUCACAAAUUGUACCACGAGCACUACCAUCACUCCUACAGUCGAGGUCGUUCACAAGAAAAUUAACCUUAAUCAUUAUGACUUGGCGUGGGAGCAUGAACGCUUCGCUCUUCACCGCCUGCCCACUGCCACGUUGUCGGGCUGGUCCAGUCCUGUGAGCUACAAAUUCCGUAAUUCUCUUCUCGAUGGAGGCCCACUCAAUGGCCGUGCGAGCCCGUCGCGCGGUUAUUGGGGAUCUGUACAACCAGAGAUCGUUGCUAGGAAUGCCAGGGUGCUGGCGGAGGCCCUGGUGCGCGUUCUUUAUGAUACUAGUUCUACGAUGCCAGUCGCCGAGGAAUUCCCUUUUAUUGACUCCUCGUGGUCAACGGCGACGUCGGCUGGGGCUCUCUUGGACUUCCUCACCAUGCGCCCCCGCAGCCCGCAGCUCCUCACGGCUCCUCCGCCCCGCCCUAAUCAAGCAACUCCUGGCGGCACCGGGCUCAUUCAAUCCCUCGAGCUGUACAUGCGCUCUUACCUCGCUGAGGUGCGUCUCACCCGUCACCACUUCUCAAAGAAGCAGCAAACUGCCACCGGAACAAACGGCAAAAGUGCUGGAAAACAGGUUCAAGAGGAGACCGGGCCCGGUGCUGGAGUUCCUGUUGGCUCCAUGCCUAGCAUGUCGGCAGCUGGAAAGGAUCCAGAAAUUACCUUCUAUGCUGCUGUGUCACCCCAGAAAAUCACAAUUUACCGGUGA